CUCUCUCUCUCUCUCACACACACACACACACACACAUUUACUCCAGCACUGUUGUGCAAUCAAAUUGUGUUUUUCAAGUUGUGCUCUUUUAACUUUCCAUUUAAGAGCACCAGCAAAAUGUCAUCAUACUUAACACCUCUCUCCCCUCCUUUAACGGCAUAGUUUUGCUUUUGCGCCUCCCCCGAGUCCGCCUUCUCUCUCUGUCACUAUUUGGUUUCUCAUUAAACACUUUGUUGUGCUUUGGUAGGUUAACUCUGUUUGGUUUAUGGCCCCGAUUUUUGCUGAAGACUUAAUGGUGGGUUUUUAAGAUGAAGACAUGUGAUCCCUCAACGUCCGAUCAGAUCUCUCAAGUUGAGAGUUUAGGUUUGAUGGUUGAGAGAUAGAUUUUGAUUUCGAAGAUGACUUUUGAAGCUGCAUUGGUGUUGAUAAAAUUGGAAAUCCAUAGCAUUUAAAUAUUAAAGAAUGGACAGAGUGAUUCAUCCUCCUCUGGUUGAUUCAACAGCAUGUUUUUGUAGAGUAGAUGCAGGCCUCAAAACUGUUACUGGAGCAAAGAGAUUUGUUCCUGGGACAAAGCUCUGUCUUCAGCCUGACAUUAAACCAUCCAUUCAUCCUACUAGGCAGACGCCAACACGUAGUGACAGAAAUCGGAGCCAGUCCCCUCUGCUUCCAGGACUGCCUGACGAUCUUGCCAUUGCUUGCUUAAUCCGGGUACCAAGGGUCGAGCACCAUAAACUACGGCUUGUCUGCAAAAGUUGGCGUCGUCUUUUGGCUGGUAAAUUCUUUUACUCACUCCGCAAGAGCCUGGGAAUUGCUGAAGAAUGGAUAUACAUCAUGAAGAGAUACAGAGAUGGAAAAAUUUCUUGGCAUGCCUUCGACCCCAUGUACCAGCUUUGGCAGCCUCUCCCUCCUGUUCCCAAAGAAUAUUCUGAAGCUCUUGGGUUUGGAUGUGCUGUUCUCAGUGGUUGUCAUCUCUAUCUGUUUGGUGGUAAAGACCCAAACAAGGGUUCCAUGAGACGAGUCAUUUAUUAUAGUGCACGAACUAACAAAUGGCACCGUGCUCCAGAUAUGAUUAGGCGGCGACACUUCUUUGGCUCGUGUGUCAUAAACAAUUGUUUGUAUGUAGCUGGUGGUGAGAGCGAGGGAGUGAGCCGGUCCUUGAGAUCAGCUGAAGUUUACGAUCCCAACAAGAAUCGAUGGUCAUUCAUUUCUGAUAUGAGCACUGCAAUGGUACCCUUCAUUGGUGUUGUUUAUGAUGGUAAAUGGUUCUUAAAGGGGCUAGGGUCUCGCCGACAGGUUCUAAGUGAGGCAUACCAACCAGAAACUGAUUGCUGGUGUCCUGUUUAUGAUGGAAUGGUUGCAGGCUGGAGGAACCCAAGUACUUCUUUAAAUGGGCAUCUUUAUGCUCUGGAUUGCAAAGAUGGGUGCAAACUUAAGGUUUAUGAUGAAGUGACUCUUUCUUGGAGCAAGCAUAUUGACAGUAAGUUGCAUUUGGGGAAUUCCAAGGCUUUAGAAGCUGUGGCACUUGUUCCGCUCAAUGGAAAACUCUGUAUCAUACGAAAUAAUAUGAGUAUUUCUCUGGUUGAUGUUUCAAAAUCCGAAGAUACACAGGGUGCUACUGCCGGACAUAUAUGGGAAACUAUUUCUGGCAAGGGGCAGUUCAAGACUUUGGUCACAAAUCUUUGGUCGAGCCUUGCUGGUAGGAACCGCCUUAAAGCUCACAUUGUUCACUGCCAGGUUCUUCAAGCUUGAAGAGUGUAAAUUAUGGCCGGAUCAAAGGAUAAUGUGGCCGUGGCAUGCAUAGAAAGAACAGUCAAAUACUUGUCAAGGUGAUGGCAAAUCAUGCACACGCGUCUGUUCUUAGUGUAAUUUAAAGUUUAAAUGAUCAUUUGUACCCUUAGGGGUGCUAGAUCAAUGAGAAUGUUUGUUUUGCUUUGUACCUAGUUUUUAGUGUUAAAAAAAAUUUAUGAUACACAUAUAAAAUGUUUUGAGAAUGAAUUUAGCCCAAUUCAUCAAA